GGAGAGCGACUUCUAGUUGUUGCCGGCAUCGCUAACAAUACGCACAUAGCACAAAAAAAAUCUGCGAAUACGAACUGUUGUCGUCCUCGUCUAUUUAGAAGAAAUCGUAUACUUCAAUAUAUUAAUCGUCCGCGAGUCUAUUUAGUAUUAACAUUCAGUAUGGUUCAAGAAAAAUUCAACAACAAGCAAAUGCUGCUGCUGACUCUGCUUCUGGUCGCGUGCCUGUCUGCCGUCAGCGUCAGCUGUAGACCUUCAUCCGUGGAAGCUGAGAAAACGCUGGCAGUUGAUCCCAGCGAAUAUCCCGGCAAUCUGCCCGAGGAGACCAUACGCAAGGUGCAACAGUGUGAGAUUAAUCAGACCACAAUGGAGCUGUGCAUGCGAUGCGCAAAAGUCACAAGGUCUGAGAUCAUUUAUCCUAUGUGCUGCAAUAAUGAUGAUAGCGUCAAGGAUUGGUGCUAUGACUAUGUCUAUUAUGGCAAUAGCAAUUAGUACAAUAAAUCUAGUGCUUGUGAUUU